AUGGCAUCGUGCAACAAUAGUAGUAGUGAUAACGACGUUGCGUCAUCACUCGCCCUACCAGAUCCGGAUGACGAUUACGAUGAUUUGUACGGAAUUAACAACCAAGUUGAAGAAGAAGAAGAAGAAAAAGAAGCUAAAAUCAAUAAUGAUCCCACCGAGUUUGUGAAACCUGCCAAGCCUGGUAUUGAAAAAGGAAGCAACAAUUAUGAUGAUGAUAUCAUGGAUCAAAUAUACUUGUUGGGUACCUUGAUUAUUCGCGUGGUGGCAGCUCGUGAUUUGGAACCCGUCAGCAAAGGAGGUGGAUUCGGUGGAAUAUUGGGAUCUUCGAAAGGCAAGGCGAAUCCAUACGCCAGUGUCAAGUUUGGUGACACCACCCAGCGAACCUCGGAUGUGUACGAUACACUGGAUCCUAUUUGGCCACGACAGGAGACUCUCUUUAUGGAUGUGGCCCUGCCAGUGGCCAAGCUGACGCAUCCCGAUCUGAGUGGCGGUGGUACUCUGACUAGUAAUCAUAAUUCGUCGGAAACAACAACCAGUAGUCAUGCUGCCGCCAUGAUUCCGGCACCAACCAAAGAAGAACCCUACCAGAAACCAAACACAACUCUGACGGUGGCGCUGUUUCACAAUCCUGGAUUUGGAAAAAGUGGCAGUGGCAAGAAGGCUGGUGACGAUAGUCUCUACCCAAACAAAAAAGGUGCCAAGGGCGUUGUCGAUGGAGAUUCAGAUGAUGUAUUCAUGGGAAUGACAUCCGUCGAUAUGACGCAGCUGCUGACUGGAGCCGAAAAUACCUUUGACGAGUGGCUGACUCUCAGAGGAACAGCUACCUCGAGAGGGUCGGUGCGAAUUGUUUGCGAAUACGAAUCUUCGGAUCCAAUUCCGCGAAAAAGGGACUUUUGCCGCUUUACAACCUUUUGUAAUCCAAGAGACCUUUAUCCAUUGAUACCGGGGAAGCAGUAUCAAGUGGAACAGGUUGACGGAGACAACAUUUUGGUAUCCUACAAAAGCCCAGAGGGUUGGUUGUGUACCUUUGAAGCUCAUCGAUUUACAUUAAUCUGCCAAGACAAUCUAUCUCCAGUGGAAUCAGCUCAGGACGAAUUGGUCGUCAUUGCCGAACGAUUAUCGCACUCACCACUGGUGCACCAAGUCACAGAGUCUGUGGAACGAGUGGCGACAGAGGGCUUGCUAACUGUUGGAAAUGAUAUUGUCAGAGGUGGUUGGGGAUUGUUCAAUCGCUGGCGAGAAGGGGGUUUCGGCACUGCGAUUGGUGAUGUGGUCGACGCUACAAAUUGGGAUGGUCGUUAUGAUCCAGAUCACAGCGAUGGCUUGGAUCUGCCCGAGGCUCGCAGCUCGAUGGACGAACAAGAACAACAACAAGGAAAUAACCUGAAACAAGCGCCUUCCGAAGUUUAUGAUAGUGAAUAUGGUGAUGCUGUGGAUCCCACGGCACAAGCCCUGCAAGGCAUGCCAGCUUGUCCGAUUACUGGAGAGCCAAUGCUAGACCCCGUGGUAGCAGCAGAUGGUCACACCUAUGAACGAACUGCCAUUGCUCGAUGGUUCCAAAGCAGCAACAAGAGUCCACUGACAGGUGGUGUCCUCUCUCAUAAAGAGCUGGUAAGCAAUUACAUGCUGCUGUCCAGUGUUCAGGAAGCAGCAUCUCGCAACCCAUCAGCAGCAGUAUUAGGUGUUGUCGAGGAAAAUGACGAGGAUGGAGUUGGCGGGGAAGACUUUGAAGACUCGUUUCAAGAGGAAGACGACGACGAGGAUGAGGACGAAGACGGCGACUUGAAACAGGCUGCAGUGGACUGCUGA